GCUAUAUAGAUCAAAUAUGCCGAAGAAACACGGCAAGACUCGUAAAUCAGAUCAAAUUAUGGAAAUAUCCCCGCCAACCAAUGUGAAGAAACACAUGCACGUGACUUUCGAUCCUUUAACGGGAUCAUUCCAUGGGCUUAACGAUGAUUUCAAGAAGAUGAUAGACGAUUUGGGUAUCACAUUUGAGGAUAAGACAAAAAAUGCGGACCGAAUUAUAAACGCUGUGAACGUGUUCAAAGAAGCACAGAAGCCGAAAUAUAUCGGUUUUGAUUCAAAUCUGGUCAGUUUACCAGAAUUGGAUGAGAACGAAGAUUUCUCACGUUCGGCUGAUGGUUCCACUUCCAACCAAAUUACAAAGCCAACUGUUCCCCCUCCUACGAACCAGAAUGUGCCGUUACCCACUACCAAUAAUCAUGAAAUGGAUAAAAUCACAGCACAACUGAAGCAACUAGGACCAACCAACGCGGAGCACGAGAGGUAUAAACCUCAUGUUAUCGAGGCCCAUCCUUACCAGAAGCCGAAGGAAAUGUUGAAUAAGCCCACAGCUCCAGUUUUGCGCCGACGCGCUCGCAAGAAGAUGUCGGAUGAGGAAUUCUUCUCUGCUUUGGAGAGUAUCGUUUCCAAAGGUAAUCCCGAGACGAAAUAUGAACUGAAAGACCAAUUGGGUUCGGGCGCUUCUGGCACUGUGCGUCUCGGUAGCGACAGACACACCAAACAAAUGGUCGCUAUUAAAAUUAUGAAACUUGACAAACAACCCAAUCGUGAUUUGAUCAUAUCAGAAAUUGAAGUAAUGAAGGAACUAAGCCACGAGUGUAUUGUCAAUUACUUGGACUCCUACCUCCGGCGCGUAGAAAAUGAGCUGUGGGUCACGAUGGAAUACCUGGAUGGUGGCCCCCUGACGGACGUCGUCAUGGAGACAGUCAUGGAAGUUCCGAUGAUUGCUGCUGUAACCAAAGAGUGCGUCAAAGCCAUCGCAUAUCUGCAUGACAGGAAUAUCAUACACCGGGACAUCAAAUCAGACAACGUCUUGCUGGGCAAGCAGGGUCAAGUUAAGCUGACCGAUUUCGGAUUCUGUGCCGAGUUGGGCGACCGACAGAGCAAGCGGUCCACCAUGGUUGGCACUCCCUACUGGAUGGCUCCAGAAGUGGUUAACAAAACAGUGCUGUAUGGACAGAAAAUUGACAUUUGGUCGUUAGGAAUCAUGAUUAUCGAGAUGAUUGACGGCGAGCCUCCUUACAUGAAUGAGCAACCGUUGAAGGCGAUCAUGCUUAUCCAAUCAAACGGAAAACCCUCUCCGAAAACGAAGAAGCUCGACCCACUCAUGCUUGAGUUUAUGGACCGAUGCUUGGAAGUGAAACCUGAGAAACGUGCCACUGCCAAUGAACUUCUCAAGCACCGAUUUCUACAACACACUGCUCCUCUCUCUGGUCUCAAACUACUGAUUGAUGCUGCUCGAUCCCAAAUCAGAUAGGAGUUGUAUGUGUGUGUGUGUGUGUGUAUGCGCGCGUAUGCCUGUUCGUCCAGACGUACCUUCCUCAUCGGUGUUGCGCACGCCGUUUUGAACCUAGCCGAUGUGAUCCUACUCUCUCUCUCCCUCUCUGUGACACUUGAUGCCUUAUCUGGAUUAACGCGCCAAUUUCUCCUCCCACCCUGACUUUAUCUGCUUUCCCUUUUCUCUCUGCUCUGGCCGACUCUCUUUUGCGACCAACCCACAUCUUGAAUUGUGUGGAAUCAUGUAUUCUAUUUUUAUAACUUUGUUUUUUAGCCCCAUGAAUGUAGCUUUGUAUCAUUUCCCGUCUGCUCACUGCGUGUGCGCGUGCGCUCCUAACCGUUGACUCACGUGUACUUCUAUUUUCCGCUCGCCGUCCAACUUAACUCAUUGCUACCAAUGUUUCCCCCUCGAUUGGGUUGUAUAGUCUUUCUCUUCACCGCUCAAAACCGGUAUUGUACAUCGGUGCUCGAACCGGAAGCCUUUUCUGUAUUGCAUGAUCUGGCCUGGCUCUUAGUUUUAACCACUUUUUAACGAUGGCUAACGUGGAUAUCGUUAUUCUUCUGCUUGUUUUGUUCUCUCUCUCUGAUCUUAGAUCUCACAUCGCGAUCCUUUUCGGGGGCAGAUGACCUAGUAUUGUGUACAGUGUUCUCAGUAUUUUAGUUCGUGAUCUCUGAAGACAGCUUCUCUAUCUGCA